CUGUCACAGAGCGCACACUAAAUAUUUAAGGCAAAAAACAAGUCAGAAAUAAAACCGUUUUCAUUGCGCUCAUAUCCAAGUUCAGAUGUCGGAGUCGCCCCAUAGUGCUCCUCAUGAGGAGCACCGAUUGUGCGGCCUGGGGAAUCACACGCUGAGGUCCCCGUACCGCAUAGUCAGGAAUCCGCAUCUGCUGAAGUUCGGCCAGUUGAUAAACUCGGAGCUGCGGUCGCAGCCACUGUGCCUCUCGUGCUACACGCAACUGAUCCGGCUCUACAGGCUGAAGAACAGCAAUGCCAAGAGACAUCUGGCAGCUAGGGCUCUUCUCUCGAGGAGUAGCAGUCGGACAACUCAUCGCUCUGUUUCUAGUGUGUCCAUUACGCAGUCCUCGGAGGACCAAGGACCAACCACCAGCGCAGCGGCGGCGGCGGCAGCGGCUCAAAGAGUUGCACCCAGUUCAUCCGAAGAUUCACUUUUCUCCGAUGAUGACGAUCCCAGCUCCAAUCUCAGUUUGAAUGCUGUUAAUGGCACGCGAUUACCGAAUGUCCAACCGAUUCCAAAGAGGCGCCAGUUUGUUCAUCUAAAUAAGGAAGCCAUGGAUAUAUAUUUGGCUGGAACUACUGGAGGAUAAAACUUUGUUGCAUUUUGGAUAUUUUCAUAUUCAGUUUUAAAUUCGAUUUGAAAUAAAACUGUUAAGAAUUGGCUGUUA